AUGGAUGACAGUCUGGUGCGCGAUGACCCGCCCGAGAAGAAUAACAGUUAUGCCAACGCCGCAUUCGAACAUGUGGAAGGAGGCAGCAAGAUUAACGGUAGCAGCGGUCUCACAGAAAGCAACCGUCAAACCCGCAAAUCCGUCGGGAAGUUGGAAAGACGAGAGCAAUCGAGCGACGAGAGCGAGAGCUGCUGGACCAAGAUUCGUAGAAACGCCUGGCUCCUUCCGCUGGUUUACAGUGAGUUCUGGAUAUCGGCGACGUUCUCUCUCAUCACCGCUUUCUUUCCAAUACUCGCUUCGUCAAAACAUGUGGACGCAUGGAAAUACGGCUUUGUCUUCUCGGCCUACAAGGUGGCUAUGCUGAUUGGAUCUCUGGUUGCAGAAAGAAUUGUGGCAUAUAAGUCGUCCUCCUACUGCUACAUCCUGGGUCAGGGAGGAUUUGUUUUAUUCGCUUUUAUAUUCGGUGGUUUGUAUUGGAUCCCCGACGGCCAAAUACUUCUCGGGCUCGCCCUGCUCUUCGCCCUUCUGGGAGGGUUCACCAACACGCUGUACCUCGUGAGCAUGUUCGCCGUCGUCACCAGCAAGUUCGAAACUCACAGCGGUCUAAUAAUAGCAAGCCUCGAAAUUCUGUUUGGAUCUGGGACCAUGGCUGGCUCUGCCAUAGGAGGACGCUUGAUUGAUCUCUGGGCGUAUCCCCUGCCUUUCUUCGUUUUGGGAGGCAUCACAUUCUUGUCUUUACCAUUUAUCGUCAUAAAUGCGUCGAAACUGAACCAAAGCGAAGGGCAGUCAACAAACACGGAAGUGCCAAAUGUCGGAGGAGCAAGAAAUUGGGCGCUUCUUCUGGAUCCAGUUUUCCUGGCGCAUAUGGUAACACUCAUGAUGAGCUGGAUCAUACUGGGGUUCAACGAACCGACUCUGGAACCCAGUCUUGCAGAGUUAGGCUAUAACAGCACAACGGUCGGAAACAUAUUUACCGUUCAGUUUUUGUGCUACGCAAUGGGAGGCGUCAUCGCUGGAACAUUCUGCCACUAUGAGCUUGGAGCGUACUAUGCAGUUAUCGGUCACGUUUUUGCGAUAGUCGGGUACAUUCUGGUUGGCCCGGCACCAUUCAUAGAUAUUGAGAGGAGCUACGCAAUCAUCAAUGUUUCUCAAGUUUUCAUUGGCUUGGGGAUGGCAUCACAGUUUGUUUGUGGUUACUGCCAAGCACUCAGCCAUGUUCUAUCAAGAGGAUAUCCAGAUAACAUAAACACUCACAGUUUUGUUUCAAGCACAGUGUUCACGUUCCUUGUUUUCGGUGCAAUGGUCACGGCUCCUCUUGCCGGCUACCUGUCGGAAACGCUUGGCUACAGAAAUGCGACUAUGACAAUAUUGGGAUUGUUGACUGCAUGGCUGCCUGUCAUGAUCACUCUAUGGAUACGUUCUAUCUGUAUCUCCAGGAAAAGUGGCGAGUUACAGAAGCUGUUACAUUAA